AUGGAGCCAGUCACGAAGAUGGAUGAUGCCUCGCAAUUUCUCUUCGCGAGUAUGGACGUUGGAUUACAGCGAAUGGUUUCUGGGGCCACAACCAGUAAGAGCUCAGACCGUCCCAAUAACAGCAGCCCUCUGCUUUGUCCAGCGAGUUCCGAUUAUGCGAAAAAGUUGGAAAAUGAAUCUUUGACUCUCAUGCAAGAAAAGUAUCCAAGCCUCGUCGAUAUUGACGCUGUUGAUGUUCUGAAAGUGAUUGGCUCGAUGCAAAAUUUCUUGAUGCGAAACACCCAACAGGGACUCACUGAGCUUUGCAUCUCAAUUGCUUUCCCGCUGGUUAUCCUACAGUGUCGCACUCUCACAACUCUACUGGCAUCUCUAUCAUCGCUUGAGGAAGAUGGCGGCUUAGGGUCUAAUUACCUUGACCCGAAAUACUCUUGUGUUCUGACUAGGUUGGAAGAGUGUUUUGACUGGAGGUUGGAGUCUGUAUGGAACAGGGUCUUCAGUCACUGGAAAAGCAAAGCCAAGGACGGUGACUGGAUUGACAGGAGAACGAAAGAUCUUAUAGUCAACCUUGCUGAAAUCUCGCCUAUGCUCCUUUCUGUCGAAGACGCCUUCACGCAAAUUGACCAGAUUGCCGGAACAACCCUUUUUCAAAUUACAAGAAACGCAGAAAGAACAUUCCAUAUGUUCGACACAGGGAUCUCUGAAUGUACUGCAAAAGCCCAAGAGCUGCGGAUCGAACAAGAGGCGACAAAAUACCUUUCCCCAACUGUCCAUACCUCCUCUCGGCCUCAAUCAUGGACCAGUGGCGCCAGUCCGCCAUCAGGCGGCAUCGUCCAGAGGACUUCAUUUGGAAGAGGUCACACGAGUCCCGAAGAUCCUGCAGAACCAGAUACGAUCAGAAACUCCCAGAGAAGAUGGCGCAGAUCAUACAAGAAAGUCGAUGUCUCUCCCGAGCGAGCUAAGGAUCACUAG